UGCAACGGGAAUCUCCCGGCCGAGAAGCGGGCUUCGGUUUGGGCAGGACUGCAGCAAGAUGAACGGCGGGAACCCCUCGCAGAACGGCCAUCUCAACGGGUACAGCUGUGAAAAGCCCUGUAAAAAACGUGAUGACUAUUUGGAGUGGCCUGAAUAUUUUAUGGCUGUAGCUUUCUUGUCAGCACAAAGAAGCAAAGAUCCAAGUUCACAGGUUGGCGCUUGCAUUGUGAAUUCAGAAAACAAGAUAGUUGGGAUUGGAUACAAUGGCAUGCCCAAUGGAUGCAGUGAUGACUUGUUACCUUGGUCGAGAACAGCAGAUAAUAAACUUGACACGAAAUAUCCCUAUGUGUGUCAUGCUGAACUGAACGCCAUAAUGAACAAGAACUCUGCAGACGUGAAAGGCUGCAGCAUGUAUGUUGCCUUGUUUCCUUGUAAUGAAUGUGCCAAGCUCAUCAUCCAGGCAGGUAUAAAAGAAGUUAUCUUUAUGUCAGACAAAUAUCAUGACACUCCUGAGAUGACAGCUGCACGACGUUUGUUUGAUUUAUCUGGAAUUAUAUACAGGAAAUUCAAACCAAAGUGCAGUAAGAUAGUCAUUGAUUUUGAUUCAAUUAACAGCAGAUCAAGUCAAAAGCCUCUGUGAGUGACAUCUAAUUACAUUUCUAGAAGAUUGUGAUUAUCCUUUUCUGAGAAGCUGGUAAAGCCUUUCAUCUUGCAGCAAGGCAUAACUUUUUAAUAGCUACUACUGUUUACAUCAGAAGCAUCAACUGGCUUAGAAAAUUUUUAUCGCCCUUUUCCAUACCUUUAAACUUUGACUUUCUGUACUUUUGUAUGCCUUCCCUAAAUGGAAUCUGUAAAUAAGACCUGCACUUUUGUAUGGAUAGUAAGAAAAUUUCUUAUACCCCAUUUCUUAUAUCCAUUGUCUGGAUAUAAGAUCCAGUGUCUGAUCUGACUUAAGGGAGCUGAAAUAUCAAUCUAAUAACCUAUGACCAAUUGUGUCUAAGAACCCUGAUGGAAAACUUCAUUAACAUAUAUGUAUAGGAUAUGUGUAUUAGCCCAGAAGAUCAACAGAAAGCACAACUAUUAACAGUGAAAAUGUUGACAUACAAGCAAUAAGCUAGACAUUUGUAUAAUAGGCAGAAUACUGUCUUUCAUGUGAUAUCUAUACUGGAACAUUACACCUUGGUAUUUUACCAGAUGUUCUUCUCUUUAAUUGCUUCUCCUGUUGCAAUGUAGCACAUGAGCAUGUGUUCAAUUACAUUUGAAGAAUGUUUUGUAUUGGAUGUAGUUUUAGAGUAGCUUUAAUUCCUUUUCCCCAAGAUACUUACACUUUAGUAGAGGGUAAGUGAAUAAAUCAUUAGGUUUUCACCUAUGGGACCAUGUUGGGAGCUGAUUUUAAUAACUAAAAAGAAACUGCUUUAUUGGUCUAAAUUACUUUUAGACAACUCACUGUACUAUAGUACUGAAACCAUCCUCCAAGGUAACUUAAUCACUACUUUUUCCUCUAAAGGAAAACAAGGAGAUUCAGUCCUUGCUGAGGUUAUACAUUCCAAAAGUCAUAAUAACGGUUUUGGCUUGCUUUGAGUUGUUAAAAACUAGCUCUGUGCCAUUUGUUUUGGAAACAUAGACUAAAGCUAGAUCUCCUUUGAUUUUUUCAAUAACUUUCUGUAACUUCUUGUUCAAUUUGAUAAAAAGUUUUAAAAAAUAGAAACCUAAAAAUAUGUACCUAAUUGUGUGUUUCCAGAACAUUACUAAUCCUAAAGGUAUUUUUUUUAAAUAUUGUGAUGUUUCAGUGGACUUUUAUUUUCUCUGUGAAAUUUUUCUCAGACAUGUUAAGACGUAUAAUUUGGCUUCCUACCAGAGUUAUUAAAGCCUUAUUAAAAUGCAGUGUUGCUGAAGUGGACUCUUAAUAUUACGUUGUAAUCUAGAAUGCUGCUGUUUCUGCAGUCUCAUGCAAAGCAUAUUUUAUACAUUUGUUAUAUCAUAGCAUAAAGAGUAAUGAUCAAAAAUUAUUUAGCCGCUGAAGGAAUUUUAUGCUGCUGCUAUGGUAGUUACAUGUAAAUGUGCUAGGACAUUUUCUAUUCUGUGGCCAUUGACACUGCUCUCCAACUUCGUGAAUUUUGCAUCUGAAAUUUUGCUUAAUUAGUCUUAAAGAUGUUUUCAUGUGUGGGUGAGUUGAUAGGCCAUUAAUGGAGAUAAAACUUCUAAAACUACUUUCAAAGAGAAAAUUAUCUGCCCUAAAAAUCUUCUGGUUUGUAUGUUUUUAUAUUUUGAAGGAAAACUCUACUAGUGAGAACUGUCCUGGGUCUCCAUGCUCGCUUGUGCCCAGCCCAGCCCUUCUUCCUGGCUAGCCUAUAGCAUGGGAGGCCAUACUACUGAAAGGAGGGCGGGGGGGAGAGAACGGAAGGCAGUGCCAGUGAAUGAAUCUAGAAGAUAAUCUCAGUGUAGUGUUAGGAAAUAAUUUUUUUCAUGAAGCAAUGUUAUAGCCCAGUCCAAUGUUUACACUAGAAUGUGCUGAGAAAAAAAUGCAUUAUAAUUUUGAAUCUGAGUUUCAGGGGGAAAUUUUUUACCAUGGUUGCCAAUUUCCGGAUAGGACGUUACAGGUUCAGAUUCAAAUCCGUGUGUUUUUUUCAGUUUCUAGAGAUCAAGACAAUUAUGUUCAAUGGGGAAUGUAUACAAGGAUCUGGGGCAGCUGUUUAUUAAGAUAAUGGCACGAAAUGUGCGUAGAACACAGCCUUCCCUCUAAUCUAAAAAACCCCUAAGUUUCAAGCAGGUAGAACAAAGGGCGUCAAUUUUACAGAUCUCUCCAAAGAAGGUGCCUCUUUGUGCAGCUGUAUUUCUCUCUACUACUGAUUCCUAAAAUGGCCAUCAAACAGCAGCCUAGCAGGAGAGCUCUAGCUGUCCACCAGCGUUAUAAAAAACCCAACUGUUGCAUUCAUUUCAUUUCCCUACUCUUACAGUGACUGAAAAUAAAAAUAAAUUACC